GAUGAAAAUUAUCAAUAACAUGAAGCUUUGGUCAAAUCAAGGCAUCGUUGUUGUAUCGAAGCCAUACCGAAUAAAAUAAAUUAUAAAGUUAAAUAAAAUGAGGGCAAGUUGGUUCAUAUUAUUUCUCUCAGUAAUGGCGGCUGAACAUGUGAACGACAAAAUAAAAUAUCAAAAAUCGUUGAAUCGCAUAAUAAAUGUAUUACUAAAACGUUUAGGAAUAAUUUAAUAUUUUCUUGAUAUAAUUUGCUAUUUGAUUGAUAAGAAAUGCGAAUGAAUUAGCAAUAAAAGUAAUAAUACAGCAAUUUUUCAGAUUAACAUAUAGUAUUAAUUACUAUUUUGUAAUUUUUACUAUACAUUUAGUAAUAAAAAGUAAAAGUAAUGCUCUUACUGAUAUGUAUUAGAAUUUCUUACUAAAAUGUGUUAAAUAUUAAAAUAUUUGUGAGACUCGUUUUCUCCAUGUAUUGAAAAUCGAAAUUCAUGUUAUUUCCCGUAAUUACAAACGAGAAAAAUUUCAAUUAUUAAGUGUCAAAGGAACCGCGUUUUGAUUACGCCCGGCAUCUCCUUAUAUUUUCAUAUUUACAGCAAUUUACGACUCCUGUACCACACGCCAGUGUUUUCUGGAUCUCAUGGAAUUCGAGCUUAAAAUAUUUAAUAACAUCAACAUGAGCGUUGACCCCUGUGACAAUUUUUAUGAAUUCGCUUGUGGCAAUUUUGACAAUAAUCCUUCUGAUCUUGUUCAACAGAAAGAGCAUAGAAAUUUUUUUGAGGUUUCUGAUAUUUUCGACCGAAUGGAACAUUUAAUACAGACGAGUGAUUCAUCUCAUCUAUCUCGACCUUUUAAUUUAUUGAAAAAUUACAUGACCGCCUGUUGUAAUAUGAAUAACAAUCAUGUGUAUUCAUACAACAAAUUGGAUUAUUUGAAUGAAUUGAUAUCUAAAUUAGGCGGCUGGCCGCUACUACAAGGUGACAAAUGGAACGAGACUAAUUUCGAUUGGAUUGAUUUUGUUCACAAAGCGCAAGAAAAUGGUGUUGAUUAUGAUGUUUUUAUAAUUAAAGGGCUAUGGCAUCACGGAAACUUUACGCAAUUUUUAUCUUUGUCUCCCCCAAACGUCGAACUUGACCAUAAAGAAGACAAUAAACUAAAUUUUGAUAAGUUGACGGCUUAUGUUAAUUUUGUAACCGAUGUUGCUGAAUUUCUGGGAGCUAACAGAACACUAACUAAAAGAGGACUCAAGAAAUCAGUAAUAUUUGAAAUGAAACUUUACAAUAUAAGCAAUAAUAAUAAUACAUUUUCAUUAACUAAUGGAAAUAAAACUUACGGAAUGUCUGUGAAAGAAGCGAUUGAAAAAUGGCCGUGUAUUGAUUGGAUUAAGUUAUUAAAUCCACCAAUGCUGCCGCGACCCUACUUUACAAAUGAAUCGAUAAUUUUUAUUCAAAAUCGCGACUUUAUAACAAGAUUUGAAAAAUUGCUUAAAAAAACUCCCAAAAAAGUGUUAGCCAAUUACGCAAUGUGGAAGACAAUUCAAAACUUGAUUCCCUUUGUCCACUCUACGACUCUAAUUAGAUUAUUGAGUACUUAUUACCAAACAGUACGUCUCCCGUCAGUUUUUCAACUGCCUUCAUGUUCCUCAAGUUUACAAGAUAGUUUGAAAGAAUUGAAGUUGUCUCACUAUGUACAUCAUUACCCACUUGACGGUAAAGUGAAGAGUCGCGUUAAUCUGAUGGCUCUAGAUGUUCGUCAAAAAUUAAUAAGUAUCAUAAACAGGACAAAUACCUUGGAUGAUGAAUCCCGAAAUAAACUCAUUAGAGACAUUGAUUCUAUAGAAUUAAUCCUUGGUUAUCCUGAGGUAUUGUUGGAUGACAAAAAAAUGGAAGAGUAUUACCAAGGACUCGAAAUUACGUCUGCUGAUUUCUUAAAGAGUUUUUACAAUGCUCUGGUAUUUAAAUUCAAUAAACAAUUCGUUGCAGCUUUGAAGCCAAGUGAUGAAGUUAGUUGGAAGGAUAUACUGAAUAACAAGAUUGUGACAACUUCGAAUGGUUUCAACAUUAAACACUCUCAUAUAAUUGUUCUAGGUAUUCUAAUUCUCGAAAUUUUUUUUUUAACAUCAAUCGCCCAAAUUAUUCAAAUUAUGGUUUGCUAGGAUACAUUAUUGGCCACGAAAUAGGGCAUUCUGUUGAUUACUAAAAAAUAUUUAUUGAUGAUUACGGAUUUGAGCGCGACCGAUGGAGUAAAGUUUCUAAAGAUCAAUUUCAUGAAAAAGAAAAGUGUCUCAUUGAACAACUUAGUAACUUCACUGUUAGAGGAACUGAACAAAAACUGGACGGUAAAUUUUUGCUAGCAGAAAAUUUUGCUGACCACAUUGGCAUAAGAACCGCUUAUUCAGCCUAUCAAGAUUGGGUCAAAGUACAUGGAACGGAACCAAUAUUUCCUAACUUGCCUUAUAAUUCCAAUCAAUUGUUUUGGCUGUCUUACGCGAAUCAAGAAUGCGCAUCGACGUUGGUAUUAGGAAAGCUGAAUGAAAAGGAUCCACAUCCUCCGAAAGAUAAACGUGUUAUCGUACCACUUUCGAAUACUCCUGAAUUUUCGAAAGAUUUCAACUGUCCCCUAGGAUCGAAAAUGAAUCCUGUUAAAAAAUGUAGCAUAUUUGAAUAGAAAUUCCACGUGAACUUUAUCUCAGCUGACAUGUAUGAACUAACUCGUAUUUAUAAAUUAUUAAAAAAAUAAAACGCGGAAAGUAGUGUAAGAAAAAGCUAAAUGUUAGUAAGAUACAACUAGUGUCUUUGUGUGCUCGUGUAUCAUAUACAAAGAUGAAUUGAUACCAAAAUUUUGAUCACAGUCUCCAACUCCUAGAUUUUUUCCACUUGAUAAGCAGGUUAUUGAACCACUUUCAAACAUCUUAGAGUUUUUAAAAGACUCUAAGUGUCCCUAACGGUCUUCGAUGAGUCCCAAAAACAAAUGCAUUGUUCUCUAGUGUAGAAUUAUCCGGAGAUCAAAACUUAUUGUUAUCAAAAAAAUUAUUAUGCAAUAAAAUGAUUUUAUAAAAAGAAAAAUAUCUAAAUUACGUCAUUCGCAAAAUUUAACACUUUCUCCUUUUGGAAAAUACAUGGAGAAAUACAUACUCCAUAUAAAUAAAUUAUGGUAUAUAUAACUAUCAA